AUGGUAACCGAUCUCGAUUCUGUGCCUGUCGAGGUCAAGAUGGUCAUACUGCAAAGUAUUGGCUCGUACCGAGACCUCAUCAGGCCCCUACACGCCUCUUCCAUCUUCUAUCGAAUAUACCUACUCAGCCCCGCACAAUACUUGCGCGCCAGUAGUGCCGGAGAGCAUACCGCUGGGAUCGUCAAGGAGCUCGUAGCUGUUCACCUCGCCACGGUACAGUUUACACCCGUUGUUUCCAGCGACCAAGCGGCCCGUGUGCCGGCUCUUGCCAAGGAAUUCUUUGGAGAGUAUUUCGACGCUGAAAAGCAACGGCUGCUCCCUCGCUCGCAUAAAGAGCUUCGCUCCAUCAUUUGA